AUGGCUCCCUCCAGCGACGCCGGCAUCCUGAUGUCGGACGCCCCGUCCCGUUCAGCGGCUACCCCUAAGCGCUCCUUCAUGCCCAGCUCCUCUGCUGGCGGCAGGCCACGAGUGCCGCCCUCCGAGAGCAUGGGCGCUCCUAGUGACGACGAGGCCGAGGGCUUCGCCGACGACCAGGUUCCUCGCGGAUCAAGGAUACCCGAUAUCGCAAACAUUCCUCGUGUGGAGGACAGGAUUGGUCUCAUGGUUCAGGACCACUUUGAAUCCUUCAUCGAGGGAUUCGUAGAAGACCCGACUUCUUCUGGCGCACCGACAUCCAGCGCCGUCACAACGGACAAAUACUAUGUUGCCCAGAUCCACGGCAUGCGCACAUAUCAGCUUUCCACUUUUUAUGUCGACUUCAAGCACCUAGUCACAUGGCAGAACGGCGAGCUGGCCGAUGGUGUCAUGCGUGGCUACUACCGCUUCCUGCCUUUUCUUACCGCCGCCCUACACAACAUGAUCGCCAAGCACGAGCCGCAGUACUUCCGCGAACAUAGACAGCCCACCUCUUCCAGCAACCCGACCAACUCUGCCGCCAGCCAGUUGGGUUCCGCCAGCCAAACAGAGAUGGGCGAUAAGACCGCCAACCAGCAAACCGACAAACUGUUCGCCAUUGCAUUCUACAACCUGCCCCUGAUCUCGCGAGUGCGCAGUCUUAGAGCAGCCAACAUUGGACAGCUUCUCUCCAUCUCCGGAACCGUCACGCGGACGUCAGAAGUUCGUCCUGAGCUUUCGCUCGGUACCUUUGUGUGCGAGGCUUGCAGGACGGUUGUCCCCAAUGUUGAACAGACUUUCAGAUACACAGAGCCUACCCAGUGCCCCAACAUGACCUGCCUUAACCGCCAGGCGUGGCAGUUGGACAUUAGGCACAGCACAUUCGUCGAUUGGCAAAAGGUGCGCAUCCAAGAGAACAGCUCAGAAAUACCCACGGGAAGCAUGCCGAGAACGAUGGACGUCAUCAUGCGCGGAGAGAUCGUGGACCGGGCCAAGGCUGGAGAGAAGUGCAUCUUCACCGGUGCGCUCAUCGUGGUGCCAGAUGUCAGCCAAAUGGGCUUGCCUGGUCUGAGGCCGAGCGCCGUUCGAGAUGACAAGAAUGCCAACGGUGCCGAUGUUGGUGGCUCUGGUGUCAGUGGUCUCAAGUCUCUCGGUGUCCGCGAUUUGACCUACCGUCUGGCCUUCCUUGCCUGUAUGGUAACCCCUGACGUUUCUAACCCAGGCCAGUCGGCGAGUGGACAGGUUUCAGACAUCAUCAGCAUGGAGCUGAGAGGUGACAUCAACAUCUGUAUCGUGGGCGAUCCCUCUACAUCCAAGUCCCAAUUCCUCAAGUACAUCUGCUCUUUCGCUCCUCGCGCCGUCUACACCAGUGGUAAGGCAUCUUCCGCCGCUGGUCUCACAGCCGCUGUGGUCAAGGACGAAGAGACUGGCGACUUCACUAUUGAAGCCGGUGCCCUCAUGUUGGCAGACAACGGCAUCUGCGCCAUUGACGAGUUCGACAAGAUGGAUAUUGCCGACCAGGUUGCCAUCCACGAAGCUAUGGAGCAGCAGACCAUCUCUAUCGCCAAGGCCGGUAUCCAAGCCACCCUGAACGCUCGCACCUCCAUCCUUGCUGCCGCCAACCCUGUUGGCGGUCGCUACAACCGCAAGACGACGCUCCGCGCCAACAUCAACAUGAGCGCCCCCAUCAUGUCUCGUUUCGAUCUCUUCUUCGUCGUUCUCGAUGAGUGCAACGAAUCCGUAGAUCGCCACCUUGCGGAACACAUCGUUGGAAUCCACCAGCUGCGCGACGAAGCUAUCGAGCCUGAGUUCAGCACCGAAUGCCUGCAAAGAUACAUCCGCUUCGCCCGUACCUUCCGCCCCGAGUUCACUCCGGCGGCCAAGGAGUUGCUCGUAAAGCACUACAAGGAGCUCCGCGCCGACGACGCACAGGGCGGAAUCGGCAAGAACUCGUACCGCAUCACUGUCCGUCAACUGGAAAGUAUGAUUCGUCUCUCCGAGGCGAUCGCCAAGGUCAACUGCGUGGAGGAGAUCGAGCCGCCCAUGGUCACCGAAGCCUUCAACUUGCUGCGACAGAGUAUCAUCUCCGUCGAACACGACGAUGUCGACAUCGAUGACGAGGAGCUGCCAGAGGAGGGCGCAGCCCUGCUUCGUGCGGCCUCUGAGGCGGCGGGCCAGCCGGUUGAAGAGAGUGGCAUGGCCGUCGACGGAGCUGAAGAGACACCAGCAGCCGCGGCCCGGCCCAAGCAGACCAUCACGUUUGAGAAGUACUCGAGCAUGGUUAACCUGUUCGUGGAGCGCGUCAGCGAGGCCGAGGCCGAGAAUGGCGAAGGCGUCGACGGCGACACGCUCGUAGAGUGGUACCUGGAGCAGAAGGAAGCAGAGUUGGAAGACGUCGCACAAGCCGAGGAGGAGAAGGCGUUGGCCAAGAAGGUGCUCAAGAGGAUGGUCAAGGAGAACAUCCUCAUGGCUGUCCGCGGCCAGGGUCUUGCCGACGACAACGAGACAGGCGAAGGAGCGGCUGCGGCCGCCGAGGCGGACCAGCGCAUUGUCUACGUCCUGCAUCCCAACUGUGCUGUCGAGGAUUUCUAA